UAAAGUAGGAUACGGAACUCCCCCUGUUCUUGUCCUUGUUGUUCUUGUUGUUGUGCUUCCUUGUUCUUCUUUGUGUGCUCUUUGAUAUCUUAUCGUCAUUCUGUUCUCGUUUCUCGUCCCCGAGGCCGCGUUUUGGUGCUUCCCAUUUCCAUAGAAUAUCUACAUCUGUUGAUUUUUUUCCAUCAUCAGAUUUUUCUUUCUCGGAUUCUUUUCGUUGUUGGCCAUUUCAAGUUUGUUUGUAAUUUGCUGAAAUAGGAUUUGAUUCUUUGAGGUCCCUCCCCAAUCUCUUAUUUUUUUGGAGUGAGGAGGAUUUAUUGUGUGAAUUUCCGGCCGAAACUCGAUCUCUUUUUUAGUUGGGUAUCGAUUGUUUCUGCCAAUCCGUUCUUGGCGGUAUGAAUCGUCCGACUUCCUUGGGGAUUCUGACCGUGAGGCCCUGUUGCAGGAUGUUGGUCAGAUGCAAUUCCAUGUUGUCUAGGAUCUCCUCUCUUCCGCCGAUUCCGAAAAGCCUUAAUGGAGUCUGCAAGUCGGUGAGCCACAGGCCGGAAUCGGUGGUCUGGAUUAGGAAAUUUGGUGGAUGGAAUCGGAAUCCUGUUCAUGUCUCCGAUGUUGCUUGUAAGAAUUGCAGGUUGUUCUUCGGCCCGUCCUUUGGGGCUGACAGAAAAAGGGGUUUCCGGGUUUUCGCGAACGCGGCACCGGGGACACCCGAAUUCAAUUCCGGCAGGAACGUGAAAAAGAAUUCCGAUCGUGGUGGUGUCGUUCGGGUCACGGAUGUCCGAUUUAGCUCGACCACCAUUGAGCCUCGAGUCGGGGAGAAUGGUUUGGAGAGGAUCUACUUCCAGAAUCUGGGCGUAAAGCCCCUCAUUGUGGAGAAGGAGUUAGAUAGUUCGCCAGAAGUUAGCAACAACGAUACGCCAGAAGUUGGCGAAAAAUUGCUGGGUUUGAGCAAUGAUUCAAAUCAGAAGACAUCUAAUUUGUUGGAUUCCGAAGAGGAAUUGAACAAGAAUGUGAAAGAUCGAGCCGAAACAGUCAGCAACCUUGAGGACGUGCCCAAGGUUAGGGAGGAAUCUGUGGUCGAGAAAGAAGCGUGGAGGUUGCUACAUGCAGCAAUUGUGACUUAUUGUGGUAGUCCGGUAGGGACAGUCGCAGCUAAUGAUCCGGCAGAUGCUACUCCAUUGAAUUACGAUCAAGUUUUUAUUAGGGAUUUUGUACCAUCAGCUCUUGCCUUUUUGCUGAAGGGUGAGACGGAGAUAGUUAGGAACUUCCUUCUUCACACGUUGCAAUUGCAGAGCUGGGAGAAAACUGUGGAUUGCUAUAGCCCAGGCCAAGGUUUGAUGCCAGCAAGUUUUAAGGUGAGAACUGUGCCUCUGGAUGGCAGUAAUGAGGCGUUUGAGGAAGUUUUAGACCCUGAUUUUGGUGAGUCUGCAAUUGGUCGUGUUGCUCCUGUUGAUUCAGGAUUGUGGUGGAUUAUUCUGUUGAGAGCCUAUGGGAGAGUUACUGAUGAUUAUGCUUUGCAAGAAAGGGUGGAUGUCCAAACUGGAAUAAAAUUGAUAUUGAAUCUAUGCUUGGCUGAUGGCUUCGAUAUGUUUCCAACCUUGUUGGUUACUGAUGGGUCAUGUAUGAUUGAUCGGAGGAUGGGUAUCCAUGGUCACCCUCUUGAGAUCCAAGCUUUAUACUACUCUGCUCUUCGAUGUGCACGUGAGAUGAUAAUUGUGAAUGAUGGUUCAAAGAAUCUAUUACGGGCCAUCAACAAUAGACUCAGUGCCCUUUCUUUCCACAUAAGGGAGUAUUAUUGGGUGGAUAUGAAGAAGAUAAAUGAGAUAUACCGAUACAAAACAGAAGAGUAUUCUCAUGAUGCUGUGAACAAAUUCAAUAUCUACCCAGACCAAAUCCCUUCUUGGUUGGUUGAAUGGAUUCCUGAUAAAGGCGGAUAUCUGAUUGGAAAUCUGCAGCCAGCUCACAUGGACUUUAGGUUUUUCUCCCUUGGCAAUUUAUGGUCCGUUGUCUCAUCUCUGACCACUCCAGAACAGUCGGAGUCUAUCUUGAAUCUCAUUGAAAGCAAAUGGGAUGAUCUUAUUGGGAAGAUGCCUCUAAAAAUAUGCUUCCCUGCACUUGAGUAUGAGGAAUGGCGUAUAAUCACUGGUAGCGACCCAAAGAACACACCAUGGUCCUAUCAUAAUGGAGGGUCCUGGCCAACUCUUCUUUGGCAGUUCACGUUGGCUUGCAUUAAAAUGGGAAGACCGGAUCUAGCUAGACAGGCUGUUUCUGUGGCUGAGGAGAGGCUACCCAAGGAUCACUGGCCUGAGUACUAUGACACCCGAACAGCUAGGUUUAUCGGCAAACAAGCCCGAUUGAAUCAGACAUGGAGUAUAGCUGGAUAUCUUACUGCAAAAAUGCUUCUUGAUAAGCCGGAGAUGGCAUCAAUCCUGACGUGCGAGGAGGACCUGGAGGUUCUAAUGGGGUGUUCUUGUCCUCUGAGUACAAGUCCCCGCAACAAAAAGUGUUCUAGGAAUGCUGCUAAAAAUCAGAUUCUUGUAUAGGGAAGCAUUAAUCAUUCUUGUAAUGUCUGUAAAGAAAGGGUAGUAAAUGUAUAUUAUUUUUUCUUGAGGAACACCAAUGAUCCAAAACAUUUGUUUAGGUAAGAAAAAAAAUGCAUCCUUCUAGGUAAAUGUAUGAAGGAGCGGUGGUUGUAUUAUAUUGUACAAUUAUACGUGUCUAACAAACCGUUGCAAAUUA